AAGUUCAGUAUACGCGAAGUGCUCAUUCCAGUUGGAUGGUGUUAAAAAAUAAGCUCGGGAAGUAACGGCUAUACAUACAUAUAUACACGGCUACACAUCUGUACACAUAUGCAACAAUAAACAUUACAACGACCCCAAACGCGAUUAUUUAAUUGCUAACAAAAGAAUAAAAUUCGAAUAAAGGAAAAAAAAAAUUUUAUUAAUACGGACUUCUUGUUUGUUAAAAAAACCACGAAGUUAUUGAGUAAAAAAAUCUAAAUUUUAAAUUUGAAAAGAAUUUCAUUAGUUUUUCAAGAAGUGUAUUUUAGAAACCUUACAGAAAUUCACAUAAAAUAAUUGCUUCGUAAAAAGAAUAAUUACGCCCGUUUGUUGUUGUGAAAAGCAUUAUAAACGCUUACAAAAUGCCAUCGGAAAAAUCAAUUUAUAACCCAAAUCCGGCGCUUAGUCGCGAUGCUUACAUAUCCAGCAUGGCUGAAUAUAGAAAAUUCUACGAGGAAUCUUUGGAGAAUCCGGAGGAAUUUUGGAUGCGCGUAGCAAAACAAUUCCAUUGGGAGACACCAGCAGAUCCAAAAAAGUUCCUACAAUAUAAUUUUAAUAUAACCAAAGGACCCAUCUCCAUUAAAUGGAUGGAAGGUGCUUCCACCAAUAUCUGUUAUAACCUGCUGGAUCGUAAUGUACGCAAUGGCCUGGGCGACACUAUUGCGUAUUAUUGGGAAGGCAACCAUCCCGAUGAUUAUUCACGCGGUCUCACCUAUCGUAAGCUGCUCGAAGAAGUUUGCCGCUUCGCCAACGUACUUAAAGAUCAUGGCGUAAAGAAGGGUGAUCGCGUAUCCAUUUAUAUGCCGAUGAUACUCGAACUGCCAAUUGCCAUGCUGGCUUGUGCGCGUAUCGGCGCCGUCCAUUCCAUUGUAUUUGCUGGAUUCUCAUCGGAUUCGUUGGCGGAGCGUAUGUUCGAUUGCAAAGCAAAAGUGCUAAUCACCGCUGAUGGUGUUUGGCGUGGCGAGAAACCAUUGUACCUGAAGGCACUCUGUGAUGUGGCGCUAGAAAAAGUCGAAGAGAUGGGUCACACUGUAGAAAAGUGUAUUGUGGUGUCACAUUUGAAAAGAGUCACGCCAUGCGUCGACAAUCAUGUCGAGGAGGAUAUACCGUGGACGGAUGAUCGUGACUUUUGGUGGCAUGAAGAGAUGGAGGAUAAAGAGCCAGCCUGUUAUCCUGAGUGGAUGGACGCGGAAGAUCCACUUUUUAUGUUGUACACAAGUGGCUCCACCGGCAAACCCAAGGGUGUGUUGCACACCACAGCGGGAUAUUUGCUGUAUGCAGCCACUACUUUCAAGAUUGUCUUCGACUAUAAGCCAGGUGAUAUUUAUUGGUGCACAGCCGAUAUUGGCUGGAUCACUGGACACACAUAUGUGGUAUAUGGACCGUUGGCCAACGGCGCUACAUCGGUGAUGUUCGAGGGUACACCUUUCUAUCCGGACAACGAUCGAUUUUGGGCGGUGAUCGAUAAAUACAAGGUGACUCAAUUCUAUACCGCACCCACAGCUAUACGUGCGCUUAUGAAAUUCGGUGAGGCACCAGUUUUGAAACAUAAUCUAAACGGUUUGAAAGUGCUUGGUAGUGUUGGUGAACCUAUCAAUCCAGAGGCUUGGCUGUGGUUUUAUCGUUACAUUGGCAAAGAGAAGUGUUCGAUUGUCGAUACAUUCUGGCAGACGGAGACUGGUGGCCAUGUGAUUACUCCCAUUCCGGGCGCUACGCCCAUGAAACCAGGCUCAGCGUCGUUUCCAUUCUUUGGCGUUAAACCCACACUACUCGAUGAAAGUGGCACUGAAAUAAAAGGCGAAGGUGAAGGCUAUCUAGUUUUUUCACAGCCUUGGCCGGGUAUGAUGCGCACCUUGUUUAACAACCAUGAACGUUUUGAGAGCACAUACUUUUCCAAAUUCCCCGGCUACUAUUGCACUGGCGAUGGUGCUCGCCGAGAUGCUGAUGGUUACCUGUGGAUCACUGGUCGUGUCGAUGACAUGCUUAACGUCUCCGGCCAUUUGAUGUCCACCGCCGAAGUGGAAUCAGUGCUUACCGAGCAUCAUCGCGUGGCCGAAGCAGCAGUCGUAUCACGCCCACACGUAGUGAAAGGUGAAUGUCUCUAUUGUUUCAUUACGCCGAAUGAGAAUGAGACGUUCGAUGCCAAACUUGUAUCGGAUUUGAAAAAAUUAGUACGUGAACGUAUUGGACCCUUCGCAAUGCCGGAUGUGGUGCAACAUGCACCCGGCUUGCCGAAAACACGUUCCGGCAAGAUAAUGCGUCGUGUGUUGCGCAAAGUGGCUGUCAACGAUCGCAAUGUUGGUGAUAUCUCAACGCUGGCCGAUGAGACUAUCGUCGAGCAAUUGUUCAAGAACCGACCGGUGGAAGCUAAGUAAAUGCUAAAAUACAAUGCUAUGCCAGACUUAUACUCGUAUGCGAGUAGCAAAACAGAGUUACAAAACAAGCAAACAAUUAGAAUUAAUUUGUAAAAAGCAAGAAAAUAUGCUACCUAGGAAAGAGGAAGUGAAUGUAUGGUGCAAACAACGAGGUAACAACAAAUGAAGAGUGGGUACGAGCAAAACGUUAUUGUUGGUGGUAAAACAAAAAAAAAAAACAAAAAAAAACUUCCAAAAGUUUCAAGUUAAAGAGAAAAAAUAAUGAAACUGCUUUCCACCCGUAACUACCUAACUAUUUAAGAUACUCUGUACUUAUUUAUUUCGAAAUUCUGAAUGUUUUUAUUUUUCAAAAAUUGUUCCGUUUUGCGAAUUUUGCACACAUUCACAUUUUAUCUGUAAUAGUGAAAAGGCUCCAAACUAUUUUACGUGCGUAAGUAAGUAUUUAGUUCAAACGUCUUUAGCACAAAUGCAUUUUUUGUUUCAAUUUCUCGGCAUAUACACAAAGCUAAAGGCGCAUUUACAUACAUAUGUACAUACAUUGGAAAACUAAAGCAGACUUUAUACUUAGUGUCCGCACUUGUGCUCAAUUAUUCUCAACAAGUAAAUACGAAAUUUUCAUAAAAAUGUUCUAAUCGACUUUAGUUUGACUGUGAUUAUGCGCUAAAUACUUAGUUUCAAGUGCUUUGCAAAUAGUUUUUUAACCGUUAAGUACACUACAUGUAGUUUUGUAGAAUUUAGAAAAAUAAAGUUUUCACCAGUGAAAAAUAUUUUAAUCAA